AUGGAAAAGACGCCUAGCCGCGAACAAGCCUUAGUUUUUAACUCGAUUGAUGGUAUACUACAAAAAAGAGUAUAUUUUAGAAAUAGGAAAAAUCGUCUCUCCAAAAAAUAUAAUUUUCAUUUCUAGGAUUUCGAACAACCGUUUCUGCGUCUUCUUAUCCAGCAAACAAAUACUCGACAAUUUAAUACAAAUAACUCAGUCAAUAAAUAUCAAUGAUCAUACUAUACCAAUUUGCAGAUUGUUAAACCCAGCUAAAAGAUUCAUCAUAUCAAAUGUAUGCCCAUCGAUACCAAAUCAAGCAAUCAUAGACGCCCUUAAAAAUAUAGACAUAUUGCCCAUAUCACAAAUUAAUCACCUCAAAGCCGGAAUCAAUAUUGAAGAGUACGAACACAUAAUGAAUUUCCGAAGACAAUUAUUCCUCAAACAUAAAGACAUUCCAAAAUUACCAAAUUCGUUAAUAAUUACAAUAAAUUAAUCCCAGUUUAGAUAAAUUAACCUGCUUUUUAUGCAAAGCCACUGACCACACUUCAAACAGUUGCAAAAAUAACACAGAUGACAAACCAAUAAAAAUACUAUUGCCCAAUUUAGUCAAAUCAAACCAACUCGUUGAUACCAAUGUAGACCAUUCAGAAUCAAUUGAAAGUGUUCUCCCUCCCAUAAGCUCAUCUCUCGAUACAUCACUUGAAAAAACCGAAACGGAUUGGAAUGAAGACAUCGAAACCAAAUUUUUUCUUUCUACUCUAAAUUUUCUCAAUGAAACACAGUCACGUAUUCUAAAUGAAACACAUAAAAGACCGAUGUCUGUUUCAUUCAUCGUCGUCUAA